AGUAGUAAUUUUCAAUUUGUUGACACUUUUUUACGUUUUUUACUUUUUAUUGAAAUUCACUGAAUAUAAUGAAUUCCUGCAGAAUUUGUUUAACAACAAAUGUAUUUUUUGAUUGGAGCGAAUCUGUUUUGGAAUUUUCUGGUCCAUCAUAUAAAGAAUGCUACUACCAGUACACGCAUCUUCCGGAACAAGAUCCAGAUUUUCACACGAAAAUGCUAUGUUUGGAUUGUGGUAAUGGCUUGAGAAAUGCUUAUAUUCUAGUGGAGAAAGCUUUGGUAUCUGACUUAAAAUUAAAGAAUCAUAAAUGUGAAAUUAUAGCAGAUAGUCUAUUAAAAUUUGAAAAGGAAGAAGUAAUAUCAGUUGAUAGGUGUAAUAUGAUUAAUUCUGAGCAAACUUUAGCACCUGAACUAAAUCUAAAGGAUCAACAAUCACAAAUUAUAGCAGAAAAUCGGUUACAAUUUAAAAAAGAACUAAUAAUAGAUGACACACAAAAUUCACUGAACCCAACUAUUGAGUAUACUUUUAAUACAAACAAGGAUGAAGAAGGAUACAUUUCAACGGAAACUAUAACUGUAAAUACGUUAUUGGAUGAGGAGUUACAUGAUGUUAGUAUACAGAAUUCGGGUUCAGCAUCUGAGUCAGGGCUCAAUAAAAAUACCAACAUAAAUAGCAAAAGUGAAAAAAAACCGAAAAAGAAAAAGAUAUUAACAUUAUUGUGUUCCCACUGUCCAAAAAUUUUUCACACUAAGGCUCAUUUAAUUAGACAUGAGGAAACUCACGUACUAGAUCGAAAACGUACGGAAGUUUGCACUAUAUGCAGCUUAAAAUUUUAUUGCAAAAAUACCUUACAAAUGCACAUGGACAUUCACGAUGAAAAUAGAAAACGCAAACACAAAUGUGAAUUUUGUCCAAAAGCGUUUUUUGCGCGUGGUGGACUUAAUAUUCAUAGGCGCAUACAUUUAGGACAAAUGAUAAAGUGUAAUUUUUGUCCAAAAGAAUUUUAUCGUCAAGUAGAUCUGGAUCAACACAUGAAAAGUCAUGAUGUUACGCCUUUAACAUCAAACACUGGUAUAGAGCCAAGAGUUAGAGCAAAAUAUUUCAGGAAAUGUGAUUUUUGUGGUAAUAAAAUCAAUACGAGCGAUUGGAAACAUCACAGAGCAAAGCAUUUGAACCAGCCUACAUUACAAUGUUUGAUUUGCAGUAAAACAUUUUUUCCUAACUCAAAGGUUACUCGUCAUCUUCGACAAUGUCAUGAUAUUCAAAGUGAUGAAUGUGACAAAUUUUUAAUAAAAUUGGAUAACAAAUUUGAACCACGACUUUCAAGUUUAAUGAUAGAACAAAAAAUAACAGAAGUAUAUACAGAAAAAUAAAUUUAUAAAAAAAAAAAUAAAAUUAUGAUGCACAAAUAUAGAGACGAAA